CGGCUCCCGACCCCCGGCGCCAGGAGCCCCCAGCACCCAGGCAAUGCCCUCCUGGCCCACUGCGGCAUUCGCUACCUCCUCCUACCUUCACGAUUCCACUCCCUCCUGGACCCUGUCUCCCUUUCAGGAUGCUGUCGCCGCCUCCUCCUCCCCCACCACCACCACCUCGUCUUCCUCCUCUACCACCACCGCCACGCCAGAGACCAGCACCAGCCCCAAAUUUCACACCACCACAUAUGCCACCGAGCGGUCCGAGCACUUCAAGCCCUGCCGGGACAAGGACCUGGCCUACUGUCUCAACGACGGCGAGUGCUUCGUGAUCGAAACCCUGACCGGAUCCCACAAACACUGUCGGUGCAAAGAAGGCUACCAAGGAGUCCGUUGUGAUCAAUUUCUGCCGAAAACUGACUCCAUCUUAUCGGAUCCAACAGACCACUUGGGGAUUGAAUUCAUGGAGAGUGAAGACGUUUAUCAAAGGCAGGUGCUGUCAAUUUCAUGCAUCAUCUUUGGAAUUGUCAUCGUGGGCAUGUUCUGUGCAGCAUUCUACUUCAAAAGCAAAAAACAAGCUAAACAACUUCAAGAGCAGCUGAAAGAGCCGCAGAGUGGUAAAAACUACAGCCUCAAAGCAUCCAGCACAAUGGCAAAGUCAGAGCACCUGGUGAAGAAUCAUGUGCAGCUGCAGAAUUACUCAAAGGCGGAGAGGCAUCCUGUGACGGCACUGGAGAAAAUGAUGGAGUCAAGCUUUGCUGGCCCCCAGUCAUUUCCAGAGAUUUCUUCUGACAGAGGAAGCCAAUCUGUCAAACACCACAGCCGGAGUCUCUCCUCCUGCUGCAGUCCAGCACAGAGGAGUGGUGUGCUCCACCGGAACGCCUUCAGGAGGACACCCCCCUCACCCCGAAGCAGGCUGGGCGGGAUUGUGGGGCCAGCGUAUCAGCAACUUGAGGAAUCAAGGAUCCCCGACCAGGAUACAAUACCUUGCCAAGGGAUAGAGGUCAGGAAGACUAUAUCCCACCUGCCUAUACAGCUGUGGUGUGUUGAAAGAUCCCUGGACUUAAAGUAUUCAUCCGCCGGUUUAAACACCCAACAGGAUGCAUCAGUCCAUAUGCAACUGCCUUCGAGAGAGACAAACUCCUAUUUUAAUAGCUUGGAUCAAAAGGACCUGCUGGGAUAUUCAUCCCCAAGGGCCAGUUCGGUGCCCAUCAUCCCUUCAGUGGGGCUAGAGGAAACCUGCAUCCAAAUGCCAGGGAUUUCUGACGUCAAAAGCAUCAAAUGGUGCAAAAACUCCUACUCUGCUGAUGUUGUCAAUGUGAGUAUUCCAGUCAGCGAUUGUCUUUUAGCAGAACAACAAGAAGUGAAAAUACUGCUAGAAACUGUCCAGGAGCAGAUCCGAAUUCUGACUGAUGCCAGGAGGUCAGAAGACUACGAACUAGCCAGUGUAGAAGCUGAGGACAGUGCGAGUGAAAACACCGCCUUUCUCCCCCUGAGUCCCAUGGCCAAAUCGGAACGAGAGGCACAAUUUAUCCUAAGAAAUGAAAUACAAAGAGACCCUGCGUUGACCAAGUGACUUGAGACGUAGGAAUCUGUGCAUUCUAUGCUUUGCUCAACAGGAAAGAGAGGAAAUUAAAUACAAAUUAUUUAUAUGCAUUAAUUUAAGAGCAUCUACUUAGAAGAAACCAAAUAGUCUAUCGCCCUCAUAUCAUAGUGUUUUUUAACAAAAUAUUUUUUUAAAGGGAAAGAAACGUUUCAGGAGGGAUAAAGCUUACAACUAAAGCUUUCGGGUGGAAUUCUGAAUACAAUUUCAGUUAGUCCCAACAUGAUCCUCUUUGGCUCUUGGUAGAUGCGGGCGAUUCAGACCCUCAGCCCCACAGCAGUGUCCUCGUCCAAAAGCACCGGCAGGUGCCUGGUUUCAGAGACAAGCUGCCCCCGAGGGCGGGUGUGCCUGUGCACAGACAGCCCUUGCCGUUUGGCUUGGCAGUCCCAACCCCUAAAUUUCUCUUCACUCGACAGCCUCAUCACAGGUUAUGUCAUGUCAACCAAUGUAGUGUUUUCUAUUUCAUUUUGAGAAUGGCACAGGCCUGGGAAGGAGAAGGAGGACAGAGAUAGAGGGAGCCAUUGGGGGCAAACUCAGCUGCUCUUUCGUGCCAUCUUCCUCUGAAAUUUGAAGGUGCAGAAGCUCAGAGCAAGAUAUGAAAUCAACAUAUAAAAAAGGACAAAAAAAUCAGUGUCAUGUCACUAAAGUCAUGCUGAUAGAAAUGUUUUUCUUUGAGAUCGUUUAGGAUGCCAAAGGAGCAUUUCUCAGUGUAUGUGUGUGCCUGUGUGUGUGUGCCUGUGUGUGUGAGAGAGAGACUGUGUGUGUGUGUGCGUGUGCGUGUGUUUGCUCCCUCGAGCACUGGUAUGCUGUAUGCACAUGUGUUCAUUGUAUGUGUGUGCAUGUGUGUGUGUGUAUUAAGCUUGCUAAAAUUUGUUCUGAAACAUCAGGGAAUCUAAUAUU